CAGAUUAAUGGACUCUUCAGGUGCUGCUUAUUCAGCGAUUAGUUUAUUUGUGUGGUCAUCUGCUUACAGAUGAUAUUGGAGCCAUUGGAUAAGUUUUCAUUUUCCCCCUUUUGAUUGCUUUGAUUCUUUAGGGUAUGAGCCAGCUCGAAUUGGAAGAUGAGGUUCAAGAUGAUUUGAAACGUGCAACUGGUGAAUUCACCAAGAAUGGAAAAGAUGAGAAUAAGCUGAAUCGCAUUCUUCAACUCACAGGCUUCAGUGAUCCUGUCUAUGCUGAAGCAUAUGUCACCGUUCAUCAUUACGACAUUAUCCUCGAUGUUACAGUCAUCAACAGAACUAGGGAGACACUACAGAAUCUAUGCUUGGAGUUGGCAACCAUGGGAGAUCUUAAACUUGUAGAACGCCCACAGAACUAUACACUAGCUCCAGAAUCGAGCAAGCAGAUACGUGCGAAUAUUAAGGUUUCUUCAACCGAAACAGGAGUUAUAUUUGGUAAUAUUGUUUACGAGACUUCAAAUGUUCUGCAACGGACUGUUGUCGUCCUCAGUGACAUCCACAUUGACAUCAUGGACUACAUCUCUCCAGCAACCUGUGCUGAUGCGGCAUUUAGAAAUAUGUGGGCCGAGUUUGAGUGGGAAAACAAGGUGGCUGUGAACACCGUACUUCAAGAUGAGAAGGAAUUUUUGAACCACAUCAUCAAGUCGACAAACAUGAAGUGCCUCACUCCAGUGUCUGCGCUGGAUGGAGACUGCGGGUUUCUGGCUGCUAAUCUGUAUGCGAAGAGUGUGUUGAUGCUUUGGUCAAUCUGAGCAUUGAGAAGCAAGUGAAUCAAAUCAUCAAUGUGUCUCGACUCGAAAAACCUUGACCAUGUGAAUGA